CAGCCAACAUUCAGUGUCAAGGUGCUCGAACUGGCGGUCGCUAGCGCUCCUCGAGUGAUAGAAGCUAACGAACUCUGAGAGCGGCCCAGUCCAGCCCAAUCCUAUACGACUUGAUUCGAUUCGAUCCGAAUUUCCCCAGCAUCUGGAAUUCGUAGCCUGCUGCUCAGUCGCAGUCGCAGAGCUGGAGUUGCGUCCAAGAAGUUCGCAUAAGAACGUUUAGCCAAAUCACAUGCCCGGCAGUUAGGCGCUCCACUUUCGACAGUGAGGACGGUGAUCGCUCGAGCGGUUCGGCGGUUCACAGUUUCGAUCAACUGUUUCGGUUCAACGAAUCCAAAAAAACAAUACAUUAAUCAAUACAACGUUUUUUAAAUCAAUAACAAUCAAUCGUCGAUUGUUGGUGCGUGUCCUGCGAUAUAAAAGUGAAAUUUUAAACCGAAUCCCAGUGCAAUCAAUCGUUUGAAGUGAGGCAGGGAAACAGAAGCAAUGCAACUACAGCUACGGUCAAUGACAAAGAAACGAGUCAGCAUGAUGAAGACGACGACAAGUUACCUGGCGCUGAUCGCCUUAAUGCUGCUGCUGGUGGACAGCUCGGUGGCAGCACGCAAGUUGCCCAAGCGGCCGGUGAAACCGUUGAAGACAUUUCCGCGCAACAAUGCUACACCGAUACCGGCAACGGGAGCGGGAGCGGCUGCGGGAUCGGUAUCGGGAACUCCACUGAACGGAAGCGAGCUACCAAAACCGUUGACACUGCAGUCCGGCGGCGAGCCAGCGGAAGCGAUUGUUGCAUCUCCACCUGGAGCGGCUGCCCCAGCACCUGCAGUAGCUGCCUCACCUGCUGUAGCCGCAGCUUCCCCUAGUUCUGGUCUAGAGACCAAAGCCGAUGAUCUCGGCCCAUCUGCAACGGCAACACCUUCCAGCUCCUCGGCGGACGAGGAUUGCGAACCGGAUAUGAUUGGAUUUGAGCUCAUAACAGGGUACGUGCUAUCGGCGCCAUCGAAGCAAUUGGAAACGCUGCCCGGCACCCUCAUGCUGACCGACUGCCUGGAGGCCUGCCAGGCCAAUGAAUCUUGCAGCGCGGUUAAUUACGAGACGGGGCUGUGUGUCAUGUUCCGCAGUACCGCCGAUCAGUUGCCAGGUUCACUUUCCCGGUCCCAGUAUCCCGUCUUCACCGUUUACGCGCAGAAAUCCUGCUUUGGAGUGCGGCCCUGCUCGAAGGCCUGGUGCAUCGAUCGCGUACAGGGCUACCGGCUCCCGGAGCGGGCCAAGGCCAGCCAGAGCGUAGCUACGCGGCGGGACUGCAUCGAACUGUGCCUGGGCGAGACGGAGUUCACCUGCCGAUCGGCCAACUACUAUGCGCACUCUGGCCUGUGCGAGCUCUCGGACAUGGAUCGCAUUACGCUGUCGGACGAGGCGAACAUUGCGGCCUACGAUGGCGCCGACUAUUUGGAAAACAACUGCGCCGAGGAGCCCAGCAAGCUGUGUGAGUUCAAGCGCGUCGCGGGUCGCAUUCUGAAGACCGUGGACUCGGUGCAUCAGAAUGUUCAGAGUCUGGACGAGUGCCGUGACCUCUGCCUGACUGCUCCGUUCCGGUGCCAUUCGUACGACUACAACGAGACCGGUGAGCUGGUGUGCCGUCUGUCCCACCACAGUCGCGCCACGCUGACGGAUCUAUCCGAGCCGUAUCUGAGCAUCGAGGAGGCAGCCACCUACGAGCAGUCCGCCUGCUACAACGUUUCGAUCGACUGUCGCUCCGGCGAGAUGGUGACCAAGAUCCGAACCUCCAAGCUCUUCGAUGGCAAGGUCUAUGCCAAGGGUGCGCCCAAAUCUUGCGCCGUAAAUGUCAACAACUCCCUGGAGUUCGAUCUGCGGAUGAGGUACAAUGAUCUGGAGUGCAAUGUCCGCCAGAGUGCGUACGGCCGGUACAUGAACGACAUUGUGAUCCAGCAUCAUGACAUGAUUGUGACUUCCUCGGAUCUGGGACUGGCCGUCUCCUGCCAGUACGACUUGACCAAUAAGACGGUGGUGAACAAUGUGGACCUGGGCGUCACCGGCGAGAUCGAGUCGACGCUAAGCGAGGAGAUCAUCGUCGACUCCCCGAACGUCAUAAUGAAGAUCACCGCACGUGAUGGCAGCGACAUGAAGCGCAUCGCCGAGGUAGGCGAUCCGCUGGCAUUGCGCUUUGAAAUCGUCGACGCAAACAGCCCGUACGAGAUCUUCGUCAGGGAACUGGUGGCCAUGGACGGGACGGACAGCGCCGAAAUCACACUGAUCGACGCCAACGGCUGUCCCACGGACCAGUACAUAAUGAGUGCCAUGCAAAAGCUGGCCGGCAAUCGCAAGGUGCUGCUCUCACAGUUCGACGCCUUCAAGUUCCCCUCCUCGGAGCUGGUGCAGUUCCGCGCCCUGGUCACGCCCUGCAUACCGCGCUGCGAACCGGUUAUCUGCGACAACGAUGAGAACGGCGAGCUCAAGUCGCUGCUGUCCUACGGUCGUCGCAAACGCUCGGUGUUCAACGGCACCGAUGGCGUUGAGCUGGCCAUUAAGUCGGAACGCCAAAAACGUGAUGUGAGUCAUCAGGCGGCCAGCGAUGAGAACAUUCUGCUGGUGCAAUCGAUACAAAUCACCGAUAAGUUCGCCUUCAAUGGCGCCGAUGGAGGCGGUGGCGGCGCUGGAUCGGAGUCUGGUCUGGAUGGCCUGGCCAAAUUGCAACUGGACCUUGGCACCAAGUCGGACACUUGCAUAAACGGUUAUGGUUUCAUAAUUGCCGGGGCGCUGUUCCUGCUGCUCCAACUGACGGUCAUUGCUGUUUGGGACAAUAUGCAGAAGCGCGCGUUACACAAGCGAUAAAUGCAGAAUCGAUGCCGGAACGUCAAACGUCAGUGAAUGGCCUUUUAACAAGCAACACGAAGGGGCACCAGAUAGAGACGGAGAUGGAGACGAAGACGGCGAUGGAGAUGGACUUAAAGAUGGAGAUUGGAGAUGCAGAUACAGAUGCAUUUCCUGGUGGAGGUGAAGGCGGAGAUGGGAGAAGAACUAGCAUGAAAUUCUACUUAGCUCAAAACUUAGCACCGCUCAUAAUCUAGUUAGUAGAUGUACGAUCGAGGGAUGGAGAUCCCGAGGAGAGCCCUUCCCCUGAAACUCCUCCACACGAUGCCAAACACAGAGCUGGAUUACUCUGUGAAGGAAAAAUCGCACCAGUGAAGAAAAGAAAUGUGGAUGGAUGGUUGAGUGGAUGGAGGGGCGGAGAAACUGUAGCUUAAUAUUUAUACUAUACCUAUAUGCUCAUAUAACGUUUAGGCGAUCCCUUUAUAAGACUUACCGCUAAGACUACUCUGAAUACGUCGACAUACUAUCAGCUUAAGACUCGGAAACGAAAAGCUCCUUAGUUGUAGUGCGAACCAUUCAAACCUCUUAAGCGAGUUUCGAACUGACAACCACUGGCCAACAAUGCUCGUUUAAGAGGUUUGACUGUCUACUAAUACUUAAAUACUUAACUUAAUGCUUAUAUAUGCUAGGCCUAAUCGAACACAAAUACGAACACACACA